GAGAUUUCGUUGCUGCAUAGCUAUAUAUCUGAGAUUGUAUCACUCCUUCUGUGGAUUGACAGAGACUUUAAAAGCGCUAGUCGUUCCCAGAAAAGAGGAAUCAGACUUUUACCCAUCAACUUAUGAACCUCAAGCAUUCCGCUGCCUGCAUGUUUGAAGUUCAUUAAGUCUUCUCAACAAGCUAGCUUAUAACGAGAGAGUAUGACUACUUCUAUGUCUCAACAGCAGCCUCGCAAGAAGCGGACAAGGGCAAGCAGGCCCAAGGUAAAGACUGGGUGUAUCACUUGUAAGAUCCGACAUCUCAAAUGCGAUGAGACGAAACCCAAGUGUAAACGCUGCGUAAAAGACAAGCACACAUGCGAUGGUUAUCAGCAGGCUCGAGCACCUAGACACAAAUCAGGGUUUGUGCAGGGUAACGGUUGG